AUGGGCGACAAUAAAUUGAUUUUGUUGGCGUUCAACUGCCGAGCAGAGACUUCCUUCGGACAAGAGAUUCGCGUUGUUGGCUCCACAAAGGAGCUCGGCAAUUGGAACCCCGCGUUGGCUCCCUCGCUAAAGACGGAGGACUUCCGGAAGUUAUCUGCAGAGGGUCAGUCCAACCUUUCCGGGGAGACUUCUGACCAUCAUGGCGGUCUGGCCGUGCCCGCCGGUCUUCUGGCCACCUGGGUGGCGUCACGCAUUAGCCGACAUCGUCGGCGACUGGUGCCUAGACAGUUCACGAAAAGUGACAGCGAGGAUACAAAGGACGGUGUCAGCUUCGGCUUCGAUGCAACCUUGGGAAAGCGCUUCGCAGAGAUUGCUGAGCCAUACUUUGCACCAGAAGGGGGGUUCGGCCUGCUGCUUGCAGCCAUGGUCGUGGGAGUGGUGUCUGCUGCGUUUCUGCUCUUCUUGGGCUUGUUGGCUGUCGUCAGCAACAUCCCAUUCCUGGCUGCUCUCGCACCCGCUCCAGGUGUGGCAGCCAAGCUGACUGAACUGGCGAUUCCGCAGUACAUAGGGGCCGCAGCUGCAGGGAUCACGGCUUCCAGCGCUUUGUUCCUCAGUCGCCGAGAAGCGCUCGCUGAUCGAUGGAAGCAGUGGGGUCUGUUGGCGCUUUUGAUCUUCCUGCUGCUCUGCGUCACGGGCAUCAACGUUGUUGUCAGCUUCGUUUUCCGAUCUCUGGACAAUGUGCUCGUGGCCAAGAACGAGUCUGCCUUCUACACGCAGAUGCAGCUCUUUGUUGUGGUUCUAGUGGUGGCUGUCCCCACGAUUGCCUUCUACCGUUUCGUGCGCCUGAGCCUGGCAAAUGCCUGGCGUCAAAACUUGAGCGUCAUGAUUCUGGAUGAAUACUUUGCUCACAGGGCGUACUAUCUGCUAGACUCAAAUUCUACUGGAACAAAGAUAGAUAAUCCAGAUCAGCGCAUCUCAGAAGACAUAGAUGCUUUCACGAGCGAGACGUUGGGCUUCCUGCUCGACAUCCUCGGAUCUUUUUCCAACCUCUUGUCUUUCGCAGCAAUCCUUUGGACAACCUCGGAAGAGUUGACCUACGCGCUAGUCGUGUACGCCGUUCUUGGAACAGUGAUCGCGCUGUCUGUUGGCAGCACGCUUAUCGGAAUCAUCUACAAGCAGCUGCAGCUACAAGCGGACUUCCGCUAUUCUCUGGUCCACGUGCGGGACAAUGCCGAAGCCAUUGCCUUCUAUCAGGGCGAACAGAAAGAGAGCGACGUUGUCAAGGACAAGCUGAGAGCAGCGAUUCAGAACUACGACAAAGUCAUCAAGUGGACGACAGGCUUGACCUUCUACCAGAAGGUGUUCUUCUAUGUUGCCCGGCUGGUUCCCUACUUCGUCGUUGGUGGCCUCUACUUUGCUGGCAAGGUGGAUUUCGGCACUUUCGGACAAGUGUCCUUUGCGUUCUCCAUGGUCCUGAGUUCGGUCACCAUCAUCGUGAACCGAAUUCAGGACAUCAGCCGGUUCUCUGCGGGUGUGAACCGGUUGGGCAUGUUCUAUGAGGCCAUCACCUUGUCCCGCAAGGAGUUCCUGGAAUCGUCUGGAGAUGCAAGGAUUGCAACUCACACUCAUGACGGCGACAAAGAGCAGAUCUCUCUGGAGAAGGUGACCAUUUGGACGCCAACUGGCAGAACGCUGGUGAAAGACGUGAGCGUAACCCUAAGCAUGCCAACUGCCUCUGGAUCCAUGGAGCUGCCCAGCCGGCUUUUGGUCGUUGGCAGCAGCGGUGUCGGCAAAAGCAGCAUUCUUCGGGCCAUUGCCGGGCUCUGGACGCAAGGCCAGGGUAGUAUUCGUCGGCCUCAGAUGUCCGACAUGUUCUUCCUCCCCCAGAAGCCAUAUAUGCCGCUGGGAGACUUGCGCUCGCAGCUGCUCUAUCCUUCAGAGCCUGGAGAAGUCGUGGUGGAGGACGGGCUCCUCCGGGAGGUUCUGGGCAGAUUCGGUCUUGGAGAUCUGCCCGACAGGUUUGAGCAGGGCUUUGAAACUGUGGUGGACUGGACUCGCGUGCUUUCGCUCGGGGAGCAGCAGCGACUGGCAGCAGCGCGCUGCCUCAUUGCACGGCCGAGGAUGGUGGUCUUAGACGAAGCGACUUCUGCACUCCCGGUUCCAGACGAGAGAAACCUCUACAAGUCUCUGGAAGACCGCGGCGUAGGAUAUGUGUCAGUGGGUCACAGACCGAGCCUGGUUGAGUAUCAUGACCUGAUUCUGGAGCUGCGUGGUGAAGGUCAGUGGCGGAUCUUGAGUCCCAAAGAGUACGAGGAUCGACUCGGUGAACUUGGUGCCUUGGUCGCAGCGAGGCUUCCCGGGCUCCCAUCAUGGCGCAAGGAUGAAGCCUUUCUGUACAAAGACAGGUUGCGGCGCAUUGCUGCUAUCUCCGGUGCUCUUGUUUGCUCACCCCCACCUUUUCAUCCGGAGGCGCGAUCAUGCUGCGCCUUAGACUCCCUUACCUUUCAAUCCACUUUUGCAUCAGAGUACAAAUUUGUGAUUUUCGAUGCCCGAGAUGAUCGAGCGGUUUGGGAAGAUGGUGCGAAUCGUUUCUUUGGUUUCAACUCUAACGGUGAGAUCUACACGUCUACGGGACCGGCUGAGCUGCACACGCCCCGGUUUGGGGUCGUCGACGGCACCGGCCCACGGAUUGCAAGUGGAAGGAGCAGGGAGACGAGUUUUUCUGAUGAUGAUGCGGCCGAGUAUGCAGUGCCAGUUCCCGUGACGCCCAAAGUCAAGGCGGGAAAUGCCUCCGGCGGUUUCGACGAUGAGCUGCAUUUUGAUGUGGUUUGCGGCAUAACUGGAGUCGGAGAUGUGGUGGUUGCAGUAGGUUCCUGCGAUGAGCUAGGGAGCUGGGACGUCUUCAAGGGUGUGAAGCUGUGUACUUCGGGAGAGGUGUUUCCGAGAUGGAUGGGGAUGGUGCACAUGAAGAGCUGUGACGUUAGCACCAUCCAGUUCAAGUUGGCGAUCAUCAAGGGAAAUUCGGCCGAGUGGGAGAGCUCAGACAACCGUCAGCUUCGCCUUCCUGCCGGGGUGGGAGAGGGCCCUUGGCAGGCCCUCUGUGAGUGGAACAACAGCCACUGCCAAGUGCAGCCACUCAGGACCAGCGAUCGCCAGGCCAUGGAAGCUGCAGGCAAGAAGACCAUGGACGGCAAGGAUGGCAAGGAAGAUGCAGCCCUGGUGAGGGCCGCCUUGUCGCCCACAGCAAGUGGUGCCGACACUUCUGCGACCAGUGCAACAAGUGCAACAAGCGCAACCACAGCAACUUCAUACCCGAGAAUGACUGCACCACCGCAGAUUCUCGGGCAGGCCACAGAACACCUGAUGAAGAAGCAGCCCCACACUACGACGGCCGCUUUUGGCGAUGCCCCACGGCGAAGUACGUCUUUGAGCCUCUUGGGGGUGGACCGGCCGCUCCUGGCGGAGCAGUGGGCGCGCAGGAAGGACUCUGGCCCUCCUCCAAAGGAGCAGUGCCUGAAUUUCAAGAUGAAGAACUUGGCCGAGAACGAUGCCAAGAAGAUGUCUGUGGAGGUCGUUUUCCAGGAGAAAAGCCAAAGACCGGCCAUGGCCCUCGAGCUGGCAAGCUACGACAAGGAGGAGCAGCAAGCAGCUUGGUCUCUUGCGGUCCCUUCUGCGGAUUUGACCCCUGGCAUCCAUUUCUUCCACUUCCGUGUCAACGGGGUCUUCGUCGUUUCCUGCGAGCACAUGCGGCUUGGUCGGUGGAAUGCAAUGCAUGUGAGUGAUCCAAUUCGUCGCUACUUGUUGGCCCGAGACAGCAAGGGUCAGCUAUCAGAGGAUGCGCCGAUUGUCGAGAAGACACGCUCCAAGAAGAUUGGUGACAUGGCCAUGGAUUCCUGUGUGGGCUCCGGGUCCACAGCAGACGUGGUUGGCCUGCAGGAACUUGGUGGCCAAAACAACAUCGCUCGCCCAUACAGCGUGUGUGGGAAUUUGGUUGGCAACGCAGAUUCAGAUGACGAGGCCGCUGGUCAGGACAGCGGCAACUCGUUCAGCCCUUUUGCAAAAGAGGUUUACGAAGGUUUGUUUGACCGGGAGCUCAUGCUCCGUUUGGAUGGGGUCGUCCUCCCAGAGGCUCCGUCGCCCCCCGCAGGGAAGGAACCGCUCGAUGAAGGAUCCGAACUGCGCUUGUGGGCCGGCGCGCACUUGAUCAAGAAAGCUCACGGUGCUUGUGAAGACGCCUAUUUUGUUGAUCCGCAUGGCAUGGGUGUGGCUGAUGGAGUCGGCUGCAUGGUGCAAUUUGCCAGCUACGGGAUCAAUGCUGCCCAGUAUGCAGCAGAGUUGAUGGAAUUUUCCAGCGCCGCUCUGAAGCCCGAAGGCUUGGCGUCCGAAAGCAAGAUUGGGGACGAUGUUGCAGAGCGUGCUGCUACGGCGUUGGCGCACGGUGAGUCUCAUGCGGCGGCAUACGGCGCCUCCACGGUUGCCGUGCUCUGCCAGCAAGGAAACCAGAUUGGAGUCGCUAACCUUGGCGACUCGGGCUUUAUGCUGCUGCGCAAGGGCCCUCACGGAAUGAAUAUCAUCAUGAAGUCGGAGGAACAACAGCACAGCUGGAAUUGUCCGUAUCAGCUCACUCGUCUGCCCAAGGCGUUGCUGAACCGCUUUCCGAAGCUGCAGCUGGACAAAGCUAGCGAUUGUGAGCGCUACACAGUCGAAAUCAAGGAGGGCGACCUUGUGCUCAUGUUCUCGGAUGGGCUCCGUGACAACCUCCAUGACCGGGAGGUGCUCAGCAUCGUAGAUCGAGCGCUGCCGCCAGCUCAGGCCGACAUGCUGGGGCUGCUGGACCGUUGCACGCCUCCGGAGACCAUCGCCAAAGCACUGGCCCUGGCCGCCCAAGAAAGGUCCAUGGACCCGACAGCCAAGGUGCCCUUCGUGGAAUACUCGAAGCGACAUGGUUUCGAAUGCCUGGGUGGGAAGCAGGACGACAUCACUGUGGUGGCCUCCUGGGCCGGUCCCGACACGGCUGACGUGGAGGCCAUCGUGCAGGACAUGCACACAGCAGCUGCAGCAGCUGCAGCAGCGACUCAGAAGAAGAUGGUCGGCUUCCGAGACCAAAACUCCGGCCGCAUCCACUCCGGUGCCAAAAAGGGCGGCUUUGAAGCCAGGACACGCGCUGGGGAUUCAGUCUUGGUGGCAAUGCAGCGACAGCUCAGGCUCCGUGGGCACAGGAGGACAGAAUUCCGCCCAAUGAGCUCCUCAAAAGCCGUGUGA